AUGGUAAAUAGGAAUCUGGACCCUUUAGAUGUAGAUGAAAGGUUAGAAUUAACAGGGUGUAAAAUGGAAUAUGAUAAAUUACAAAACUGUAUUGAUAAGUUUGAUAGGGACUGGAGGAAGUGUCAAAUAGAGUUAAAGGAUCUUUCAAAAUGUCUUGAAAGUAAGAAACCCGGCUGA